AUGAUUCAGACUGCGGUUUCAAGUUGGGACACCAUCAAGUUUUCCCACCAUCACAACUUUUCCGACGCUGAUGGUGUCCAGUUGGGGCAGGCCCCCAGUUUGGACACCGAACCUUUGGCCAUUCUGACGACCUUCGCUGCUCUAGGCAAUCCCAGCAGCCCCCCGUUCGACGCGUGGACGGGGGAUGAUCCGUGUGGGGCAGAUGCGGGGAGCGCGUGGGCUGGCAUCAAUGACAUUCAGGACGCCAAUCUAGCAGGAGACUUGCCGCCUUCCAUUUUCGACCUCACGUCACUUCGCUUGCUCAAUCUGGCGCUCAACCCGAAUCUGACGGGCAGCUUUCCAGAUGCACUCGGGAACCUCCUGCAGCUUACCACGCUCCUAUCAGGCUCCAUACCAUCCACCAUCGGCCGUCUCACCAGCCUCAAAUACUUCCUGGUCAACCAGAACCGCCUCUCGGGCUCCCUGCCCUCUCAGAUCGGCUCCCUCCCCCGCCUCUACAUGCUUGACGUCAUGGACAACCAGCUGGAAGGGCCUCUGCCGACAUUUGAGGGCGCAAACGAGCUGGGGCACCUCCACAUGAGCAACAACCUCUUCACGUCUGUUCCAGCAGAGAUCAGCCGGCUGCCGAAGCUGAUGCACCUGCUGAUGGACAGCAACCGUCUCACCCAUGACUUUCCCCUUGCUUUCAACAACACUAGCCUCACUGUCAUCUACUGGAGCAACAACAUAAUACCCGGCCCCUUCCCCUCCACCUGGUACUUCCCCAAUCUCAAGGACUUUCUCUUCAGCAACUGCUCUCUACCAAGACAGCCUCUCCCUUCCUUCCCUGUCUCUUACGACCUCUCCAACCUCGACCUGAGCAGCAACAGUUUCACAGGCUCCAUCCCGGGUGUUCUAUUCUGGGAGCACCUUAACCUCGUCAACCUCAAUUUGGCCAACAACGAUCUUGACUCGAGCUUCCCUCCAGCAAUCGCCGAUGCUGCCAAUCUGCAGUCCGUCUUCCUCUCAGGCAACCAGCUCAGCGGCCCCCUGCCGGACCUCUCAGCGCUACCCAGCAUCGUGUCACUCUCCCUGUUUGACAACUCCCUCUCCUCCAUACCGCCCGAUAUGCUCGCCAAGAGCAACAACAUCACGCUGCAGCUUUUCAACAACGAUCUGUGCAAGCCAUUCACUCCAGACUACACGCAAGUCUGCUCCCCCCCGACGCCCCUCACCCAAUACACUGCCCCUGCUUUCUGCGACGGCCUUGCCUGCCAGUCCGACCUCUACAGCCCUAGCGCACCGCUCUAUAACGAGUCGCGCUCCUGCGUGUGCGUGUCCCCGUUAAGAGCCGACCUGGAGCUGUUUAUAUCGGAUUUUGUGGUGUACCAUGAGGAGUUGGUGGCGCAGUUAGAGCAGCGGAUCUUCUCUGAGCUCACUAGCAGGGCGCAGAUCAACAUCAGCAGGCCGCAAGUGAGUUGUCUAGGAAAUCCCAGGGGAACACGAGUAUUUGGGCUGGAGGGCAGUUACCCUCUGGGUUUACUCGGAGCUGCAGCAGCUGGGCAGAGGCUCUUCUCUGAGCUCACCGGCAAGUCUCAGAUCAACAUCAGCCGGUCCCAACUCCUCAUCUCUGCUAUCAGCAGCCCUGCCUCUAUCUCCUCGCUCGCCUCCACCUUCGCCUCAGACCACGCCGAUCAUGAGUCCAUGCUCAUCAUCACCCUCCUCUUCUUCCCCCCCAGGGGCCAACAAUGUCUGACGACUCCCCUGCAACAUACCACACCCCAGGGCAUCCCCAAAGCGCACCACCCACGAAUCCAGGACUUGAUUUCUCAUCCAUUCUCUCGCCUUUUCCUUCUUCCUCCCAUCACUCCCCACCAGCUCCUCAUCUCUGCUAUCAGCAGCCCCGCCUCUCUCUACUCGCUCGCCUCCACCUUCGCCUCGGAGCACGCCGAUCACGAGUCAACGCUCAUCAUCAACGUCCUCUUCUUCCCGCCGGGCGGCGAUGACAGCUGGUACCCGCGAGACACACCGCAGGCCAUCCGCAACGCCCUCACCUCCCGGGACCUUGCCGUGCGCGUUGCUCUCGGCAACUUUGGGCUCUUUCGGGUCGCAGGCUUCUACGGCCCCGCGCCCUACAACUCGUCAUCGCACUCAUCGCAGCAGGCGACAUCAGGGGCUGAUUACAAGCUCCAUUGUCGCCAUCUCAAUCUCCUCCCUCCUCUCUUCCGUACUACCUUACACCUGCUUAUCCUGUUCCUUCUUUCUCUCCAUCCCAAUGCAGCCUACAACUCCCCGUCACAGCAGCAGGCCUCCUCUGGGCUGAGCACGGGUGCCAUCGUGGCCAUCUCAGUGUGCUCCGCUGCUGUUGCCAUCACCCUCGUCGUGGCUCUUCUCAUGCGCCCCUGGGAGCGGCGAAGGUGGAGCCAUGCGGACUACGAGGCACUGGAGGGAAUCACCCUGCAGCACGCCCGCCGCUACUCGCUGCGACAGCUGGCGGAGGCAACCAACGGCUUUGAUGACUCUCUUGUGCUGGGCACGGGUGGUUACGGCAAGGUAGGUGGUUACGGCAAGGUGUACCAUGGCAUUCUCAACGGCGAGUCGGUGGCGAUAAAGAAAGCGACGGAGAAGCAUCGGCAUGCAGGGGUGGAUUUCAAGAACGAGAUCGAGAUGCUGACGGCGGUGUCGCACGGCAACCUGGUGAAGCUCACCGGCUUCUGUGUGGAGAAGGACGAGCAGCUGCUGGUGUUCGAAUUCAUGGAGGGGGGGGCGCUGGACGCCUGGAUCAAAGGUAAGACGGGGCGUGUUCUAUCGUGGAGGGAGAGGAUGCGGAUCGCUCUCGACGCGGCAAGUGCGCUGCACUACUUGCACAAGGAGAUGAGACCCGGCAUCAUCCACCGCGAUAUCAAGCCCGCCAACAUUCUGCUGACAGCAGCUCUCGAAGCCAAGGUGGCCGACUUUGGCAUUUCCAAGUCGCUGCCUGAAAGGGGCGAGCUGGUGCAGGAGGAAAUCAUCGGCAGCAGGGGCUACAUCGACCCACACUUCGCGCAGUCAGAGGUGCUGACGGAGCGCAGUGACGUGUUCAGCUUCGGGGUGGUGCUGCUGCAGCUGGCCACGGGGCAGCCGCCCGUCAUUCAGGGAGUGCCGCUCAGCCAGGUCGUGCUGCACCUCGCCUUCGGCCAACACGGCCUGCCCGCCGCCAUCGACCCCAAACUCUCUGACCUUCUCCAGGCCCCUGCUGCUGCUGCUGCUGCUGCUGCUGCUGCUGCUGCGUCGAACGGUGCUUCUUUUCACACUGCUGCUGGGGUAAACGGAGCUUCUUUUCACAGUGCUUCUGCUGCUGCCGUUGCUGUUGUUUCUUCUGCGGCAGGAGGGGAAGUGAGUGCAGGGGAGAUGGUGGAGGGGUUGGAGGAGACGUUCGGCACGUUCCUGCGGGUGGCGCUGUGGUGCACGGCAGAGCACCCCUCGCUUCGUCCUGACAUGGAGCAGGUCGUAUCUGCGCUGCGCAGCAUCAGGGACCACCUCCGGGCGCUACCUGGGGGAGGCACUCCUGUGUGCCCUGCAGGGGCUAUCUCAAGUGGCGCCAGUGGUUACGGUUCUGCUGCCCCAUCGUUUGCCAGUCGUACCAGCAGUGCAGUAGCAGGAAAAUUUGAGUCGACUCAAAAGUCACCAAGUGGCGCCAGUCAUACCAGCAGUGCAGUAGCAGGAGCAAAUUCCUCUGCCACCCGGUCACCUGAGAGUGGAGUCACAGGAGGGCCUGCCAGCUUGUCAACCCUCUGGAGCCACUUGCCUGUUUCAACUAGUCAACCAGGGUCAAACUGGUCAAACUUUGAGGUGGAGCAGAGAGGGAUGGGUGGGUACGACGACACUGGCACGCACCAUCAGACGCUCACAAGCCCCUAUGCCCGGUAG